AUGCCUAAGAAUAACGAUUUACUAAAGGGGAACAAGUCGAAAAAGGGACAGGCAGCCGGUUCGGGAUCCUCAACUUCGAAAAUGCCGAAGGCAACAGUAGAACAACUCAAUCUAGCAUUGCUGCUAGACAAAAAAAUUGACGUUGAUGCUUAUGAGUUUAAGCUACAGCAGAUUCAAGAAUGCACGGCGUGUACCAAGGAUGAAGCUAUUGCAGCCAUGCAUGAUGCCGACAAUAACGUUCAUCUCGCCAUUGAAAAUCUGCUUGAUCAGAAGUCUGAAAACGAUGAUUGGAAAGAUACCGUCACUAAGAGAUCACGAUCUCGAAAGCAAGCUGAAGUGAAACCUAAUGUGCCAUUGUCGGCGCCCAACAAUACAGAAUCAAUAUCACAAAACGACGAAUCCAGAUCUUUGUCAGAUCUCCGUAGUCAGAAAACGCUAAAUAGCGUGAGUACUAAAAAAAGUUCUGCCAAGCCCCAAGCAGUUCCCAAUUUAGCUAAUGGGCUCUCCAGCGAUUCCUUAUUGCCUGACAGUGCUUCCACUCAGCCAGACGCUGAGCGGGAUGAAAAUUGGGAUUUGGAUUGUGGUGAAUGGAGAGGAGAGGCCAUUGAGGUCGUCAACUCGGCGUCCAGUUUAAAAGUGAAUAUUCAUGAGGAUAGUGAACUUCUAAGGCUUGUUACUUGUGAUUCUCCAGAACCACAACAAACGCCAAGUGAUAUUGAAGAAAUUAAAGUGGAAGAUGAACCCGAAAAAGCUAGUGGUGGUGCGUUAGCUGAGGACAGGGGCGCUGACGUGUCUCAACAAUCUAAACCGGUAAAAGCUAGUGGAGAAUCAGUAGAGUCUAUUAAAGCCUGGCUGUUCUCCACUUACGCAAGGAGUGCCCCGCCUCCCUCGUCACACAUUCCGAAAGUUCCAGUUUUCUUUGCGCCAGGUUCUAGGAACUCUGUUGUAAGCCCAAGUGCACAGGCUCUGGAGCGUGGGACUACGCAAACUCAAAACACUUCCCCGUUGCGUCAACUUGAGUUUCCUUGUACCAAUCCGCCUCAAAAUCUGGAACCGUUAAAAUCGGAUCACCAUCCUGAAAGAAAGCCUAGAACAAAGAAUCAACUUACUGAUGCGUCAAACAGACUUAAAGCUCAAAAUCAGUGUGGUUUUUCGCCUGUAAUGACCACUCUUCUUCAUCCAAUUCCCAAACUGCAGCAAGAUUUACAAACGGAUCAUGCAUAUUCAGCUGCCAUUCAAAAUACUUCGGCGCUCAAGGAAGCUUAUGCAAAGCUUCAAGAUCACGAGUCCCCUCCUAGUUGUCCGCCAAACCAACCCGUGAAUAACUUUGAAAAUCCAAGUCCUUAUGAGUAUAACUUACUCGGUGAAUUAUCUCAAAACAUAAAACAGGUGGGCUUGGAGCCUCAAUCCGGAAAAUCUGAUGCCUUUACCCAAUCUUUAUCGUCAAAUCAGCCGGAGGUGAUUAUGCCACCUUCGUAUCACUCAAUGCAACCAGCGAAACCGGUUGUUUCCCAACCUCCCCAGAUAAAUAAACCGGUUUCCACAAUGCCUCCAAGCGCCAACCAACAACCUCUGUCUACAACUCAGCCACAACUUCAUCCUGCGAUGCAUCCAGGAUUGCCGCAGCUACUUAGUCAAUUUCAAACUACUUUUCCCAUGUACAAUCUGCCGAGUGGUUCUGGGACUGCUGCCCCCCAUUUGUUUGACCUUGAUCAGCUUCAGGCUCUACAACAACAGCAGCGCAUGCUUUUUGAAUUACAGCAGUCUCAACAGCAGCAACAGUCCCAAUCUGUUGCGACUGAACCGAAUCUCCCCAAUACUUGCGCUGAUGUUUUACCAUCAUCAAAAUCUAGCGUCCCGAUGCAUCACGUAACGACUCCUAAUGUCGGUCAUGGUUUUACUUUUCUUCCGUACCAUGGGAUGGUCUUAAUGGUAAGGUUUGUCUUUCAGUUGAUUAGCUUUCCUAGAACGGGUAUCCUAACGCUUUCCUGA